AUGGCCACAUUACUGGUUUCAACUUCACUGGCCGUACAGAUCCAGAAUAUACGUCUACCAUCAAUAACUAACAUAAGAAAUGAACUGAAUUUAGGAGGACGUCCUCCUGCUUGUCAACUUGCCUCUGCACGAUGUUUCAGCUCACUCAGUGAAUCCUUAUUUCAAGUUCUUCUUCGCGAAAAUCGAAUGUGCGCAUUGAAAUGUAAACAAAAAAAGUCAGUAAUAACUUUGAGGUUGGAGAAUUCACUCAGUCUGAUUUAUUUGUCAAAGUCGCAGUUCUAUAUGCAGAAACGAGGUUUUCGGACACAGCGGUUGGAAAAAGUAGAGAAACCAAAAAAAGGAUUUUUUGCGAUUUUGGGCAUCAACGCUCUUGAGAGCGUUAGGCGAAAGAGCCCGCAAACAAAAGCUUUUCGGGAAAAACUGAAGGCAGUAUCCGAUAAUGAUAGAAAGGGUUUUCUAGAAGGGUAUAUGGCUGCUUUGGAUUAUUCAAGUGAACAAAAACAGAAAAGAUCAUUAGUCCGAACAGUUCUUUUUUCAGUUACGGUAGUUGGUUUGGGAUUUUAUAUCAUAUUCAAGUCGUUUGGUAUUUCACAGACGUCUCUCUUUACUUCAGUGGAAGAAGUUGAUCCAGAAAUGAUCGACGUUACAUUCAAAGACGUUCGUGGUGCUGAUGAAGCGAAAAACGAAUUACGUGAAAUUGUAUCAUAUCUUCGAGAUCCAGAGCGAUACACGCAGCUGGGUGCACGUCUUCCAAAAGGUGUCCUUUUGGUUGGCCCUCCUGGAACAGGCAAAACACUUCUGGCAAAAGCAAUUGCUGGGGAAGCUCAGGUGCCUUUUUUCCAAGCAUCAGGCUCUGAAUUUGAUGAAUUAUUUGUUGGACAAGGAGCGCGUCGCGUGAGAGAUCUUUUUGCUCGUGCAAAGGAAAAAGCUCCUUGUAUUAUUUUCAUCGAUGAAAUUGAUUCGGUUGGUUCGAAACGAGUAGCCGAUGCCAUGCAUCCUCAUGCUAAUCAGACAGUCAAUCAGCUUCUUUCCGAAAUGGAUGGAUUCAAUACAAAUAAUGGUGUAAUCGUUAUCGGAGCUACGAACCGAGCCAAAGAUUUGGAUCCAGCUCUUCUUCGUCCUGGUCGUUUCGACGUUCAAGUUCAAGUUCCUUAUCCUGACUUAGAAGGGCGCAGAGAAAUUAUACAGUUGUACUUAAGCAGAAUAUCAACUAAUGAUGACGUAAAUGAAGAUGUACUAGCUAGAGGAACCACAGGAUUUACUGGAGCCGAAAUUGAAAAUAUGAUAAAUCAAGCAGCUCUUAAAGCGGCCGGAGAUGGAUUUAUGAAAGUUACUAUGGCACAUAUGGAAGAGGCGAAGGAUCGCGUUAUGAUGGGGCCGGCACGAAUUCGUGGCCGACUGCCGGAUGAGGAAGCCAAUCGCAUUACUGCUUUUCAUGAAGCAGGUCAUACUCUUGUCAGCAUUUAUACUAAGCAUGCUAUUCCAGUUCAUAAAGUAACAAUUAUACCAAGAGGCGGCUCAUUGGGACAUACAUCUAUGUUGCCGGAAAAGGAUGAAUAUCAUGUGAAUCGGGCUCAAAUGUUGGCACAGCUAGAUACUUUAAUGGGUGGUCGGGUAGCUGAGGAACUUAUCUUUGGUCCAGAAAAAGUGACUACUGGCGCCGGUGAUGACUUAAAGAAGGCAACAGAUAUUGCAAAAAAGAUGGUCAAGACUUUCGGAAUGAGUGAUAAGGUAGGCUUGAGGAUUGCGGAUGACGAGCCGAGAUCGCUGAUAGCUGAUAAUCAGUUGAGCUCACCGCUGUCAGAAAUGAUUGAUAAAGAAAUCAGCCGCUUAUUGAAGGAAUCAUACGGACGUGCAAAGGAUAUACUCAUCAAACAUAAGAAAGAACACGAACUUUUGGCUGCAGCAUUACUGGAACAUGAGACGUUAUCAAUAGAAGAAGUGAAAGAGUUGCUUCAAAAUGGCAAGCUACUUUCACAUGCUCUAUCAAAACAGGAAGAAUCGAAAAGCAGGAAAUCAUCCAUGCGAUCUAUUUAUAAAAAUGCAAGUGUAAUUAUAACACCGAUCGAUGAAACUAUUCCAAAGGAAGAAAGGCAGAUCUAA